ACUGUGUUGACAACAACAAUAAAGAUGUCGAGAUCUAGAAUAGAAGGAAUUAAAAGAGAAAUGUACCGAAAAGGCAUCCUGGACUCCGCAGAAUCGGUUCCAUUAGAUUCAGGUCGGCGAUAUAAUCAGGAUUUUGAAUCUCAUCCUUUUUAUUCAAUCUGCAAAAAUAAGGAAGAGAAAAAUACGAUGUUCGAUAAUAUUAAAGUUAAAAAACAAGAUUCAAUGAAAAUUAAAGAAAAAACAGAUGAUGGUUCGCUAGAAAAUAUAUACCACAAAAUCAGGGAUUUGAAGAAAGAUUUUCAAAUCGUUGAAAAAAAGCUAAGAUCAGCAUGUGAGGGAUUAGUGAACAAAAAUGAGGGGAAAUAUUAUCCUGGACGUUUUACAGAUCAUAUCAACUCAAAACAACAAAACCAACCAAUGAUAUCGCCUCCACCCCUCUAUAAAAAUACAGAUCAUAUCAUCUCCAAGCCAACUCACCAACCAAUGAUAUCGCCUCCACCUCUUUAUACAAAUACAGAACAUAUCAUCUCCAAGCCAACUCACCAACCAAUGAUAUCGCCUCCACCUCUUUAUACAAAUAGAGAACAUAUCAUCUCCAAACCAACUCACCAACCAAUGAUAUCGCCUCCACCCCUCUAUACAAAUACAGAUAAUUUCAACUCCAAACCAACUAACCAACUAAAUAAACAAAUGAACUGUUCACUGUAUGAUAUUGAUCAGGAUUCUGAUAGAUCUAGUGCCUGUAGCAAUAACAGCUGUAGAAGUGAUGUUUCAAGUCCAGUUUAUCCAUUUUUAUCCCAAAAUUCAGAAAGUGGUCGUUCAUCACCUUCCCAAAGUACAAACUCCCAAUAUUUAGAGAAUAGAAAUCCCAAACCAAAACCGUCUUUGUCCCAAAUAAUCCAAGUUCAAAUUCAAAGACGGGGUACUCCUCACACAAAACCCUGUUCAUCGGAUUUGUGUCCAGAUAUUCCCAUUUCUAAAUCAUCAAGACCAUUGUCACCAACUGUACAUGUCCCAAUACAAAGUCAGGUUAUCCCACAUUCAAAACCAGCUUUGUUGGCUUCUCGUCCAGAUAAUUCCAUCAAAAAAUCAUCAAGACCUUUGUCCCCAACUGUCUAUAAUGUCCCAUUGAAGGGGAAGGUUGCCUCACAUUCAAAACCAGGUUCAUUGGCUUCUUGUCCAGAUAAUCCCAUCAAAAAAUCAUCAAGACCUUUGUCCCCAACUGUACAUGUCCCAAUCCAAAGUCAGGUUACUCCACAUUCAAACCCAGCUUCAUUGGCUUCUCGUCCAGAUAAUUCCAUCAAACCUUUGUCCCCAACUGUACAUGUCCCAAUCCAAAGUCAGGUUACCCAACAUUCAAAACCAGCUUCAUUGGCUUCUCGUCCAGAUAAUCCCAUUUCUAAAUCAUCAAGACCUUUGUCCCCAACUGUACAUGUCCCAAUCCAAAGUCAGGUUUCCCCACAUUCAAAACCAGCUUCAUUGUCUUCUCGUCCAGAUAAUCCCAUUUCUAAAUCAUCAAGACCUUUGUCCCCAACUGUUUAUAAUGUCCCAUUGAAAGGGCAGGUUGCCUCACAUUCUAAACCAGGUUCAUUGGCUUCUUGUCCAGAUAUUUCCAUCAAAAAAUCAUCAACUGUCUAUAAUGUCCCAAUCCAAAGUCAAGGUACUACACAUUCAAACCCUUCAUUGGUUUACUUUCCAGAUAAGUCUGAUUCAUCAAAACCUUUCUCAACAUCAACUGUUCAUGUUCCGAUUCAAAUGCAGGAUAUUUCUGACCCUUCUUCGAUUGUCUCAUGUUCUGAGAAGUUGAUUUAUAACCCUUCAAGACCCUUGUGCGUGUGUUCAAAUCCGAACUCAAAAUCUAGUUCCUUGGUUUCUUGUUCUGAAACCCCCAUCAAACAAUCAUCAAGACAUUGGUCCCCAACACAGAAUGUUUCAAUCAAAGCUGGAGAUUCAAAUCUUAGUUCACUAAAACCUUCCAAACCAAAGCAGGAUUCAUUAAGCUUACCAACCCUGCUAAAUCAAGGAAGUUCUACUAAAUCAACACCUCCUAUCCUGCAAAUUAGCUCAGUAACCUCACAAGUUAAAUCACCAAUAUCAUUGGUAAACUCUGAUCAAAUUAAGACGGAUAUUAUCAAACCGCAGAACAAGUUAAAUCCUCAAAUAAAAUCAGAAACCGCAAACAGUGCAAGUUUCAUCGAUUCUCGUAGGUUAAAAAUUAAAGAUCAAUUUGAUUCUAAUCUUAAAAAUGAAUCAAAAAAUAUUCCUUUUAAUAUUCUGGAUCCCACAGUAAAGAAGAUGGAGGAUAACCGGACAGAACUAUUCAAUAGUUCUGGAUCGACUUUAGAACAUAUGAACCCUUCUCAUCCUCAAACCCAUUCAAGAGACAUUCAUCAAAACUUGAACAAUCUAAACUACAGAGAUGUAGUAGUCCGGGGACUGCCAUCAUCAAUUCUUUGCCGAGGAGUGAUAGAAGAGGAUCUUGUAUCAAGAACUGAGGUUAGAGGAUGGAAAUUUAGUUGGGACAGAAAUGCUUCUUUGAAUCUUGGAUCUAAAGUUGAAAAGCAUUAUCAGAAAGAAGAAUUAGAAUACACGGCGUGUUUAUUUCAAUAUUUUCAUGUUAAGUAGAACUUGAAAUAAAUUAUAGAUUAAUA